AUGGCGUCUCAAACUCGAAAAGGCGGCGUUUCUCUACCUGACAGACCAAACAAUCCCCAAGACUCCAUCAUCACGAAGAUCUCCCGCUCCCCCGUCGUCUCCUGGAGCAAACAAGCCUACACCGACACCUCCUUCGUCUUUAAGAAACUCUUCAAAAGCACCGGCAAUGCCGCUUGGAUCACCGGAACCACCUUCCUUGUCCUCGUUGUACCUCUUAUCAUCGAGAUGGACCGCGAGCAGCAGCUCAACGAUCUUGAACUCCAGCAGGCUAGUAUCCUCGGUACUCCUUCUAAGUGA